UUUCUUUCCUCUUUCUGUCUGCCUCUUGUUUUGAAUAACCGGUGCGUAUAGAGAAUGCGGCUGCUGAGCUCUGCAGCUUGGCGACAGCGCACCUUGUCAACAGUGAGAAGCUGCGUAAAAUGUCCGUCAAACAAAGACGCGUCGCCAUCUGAGUGUCAUUCAGCAGGACUAUCAUGACGAUUAAACGGGCAGAAAGCCCGCAAGCUCGGCAUGGCCCCGUGCGCGCUUUACCGCAGUGGAUGCGGAUGUAUUUCUAUGGAAUGCACGGCAUCACCUUGGACAUUCUGUCGUCGUCUGCGCGCAGGUUUCUGGACGGCAACGACUUCACACUGCUGGGUUUCUCCUCGCCUUAUCUGUGCAUCGUCCACUCAAUUACGCAUCUGCUUUUGGAGAAGAUCUACCUGCAGAAGAGAUGCUUCCGAGGGCGACCCGUCAUCUUCCAUCUCGUCUUUUAUCCAUCCCUGUACAUUUGCUUGCAGAUUUUGAUUGGGAAUGUGGUGACCUGGACGGACAACCUGCGGGUCGUGUCCGUCACCCAGCUCGUUGUGCAUUACGUUCUUGCGUUGUACUUCACAAAUGUCUUUCAUAAAGGCUUCGUGCGACUGCAGUAUCACAAUCGGGCGUCAUUGCGCCCGCGCCCGAAUGGCUUACCUGAUGUCGUGCGCUUUAUGUUUUUUGGCAUGCACGGGUUUCUGGACGAGGUUGUGUUCACCUCCGUGUUUAACCUGUUUGAGAAAGCAGACGGGGCACUCAUGGGACAUACAUCCUUGUGGUCGUUUUUCAUGUAUGGAAGUUGCAGCUUUGUCGUGGAGAAGCUUUACAUGCACCUGCACUUCAGACGGGGUUGGGGAACCUGGCGCCGGCUGCCCAUCUACAUCUGCUUCAUUUACGCGUGGGAGUUCAGUUGGGGCCUCGCGCUCAGACAGUGCGGCGCGUGCUCGUGGGAUUACUCGCACUAUCCUCUUAAUUUCAUGGGGCUGGUGACUUUGCUGUAUCUUCCUGGAUGGGUUUGUUUGAGUUUGUAUCAGGACGUCUUGUCAAACGUUCUGCUGAGGGUUGUGUGUGAUGAUAAGGAUGAGGAGGAGAUGAAGGGCUGUGGUGCCGAUGGGCAGAUGGUGACAAAAUGCAAACCUGAGGCGGACAGAAUGUGUUUAUCAUAAUAUAUUAAUUUAUUGAGCAAAACAAGCACUAUAAUGUUUGGCAUCACUAAAGCAAUUGCAGUCCAAAGAAUUUCAGAAAUGUUUAAAUAACAUCAGGGCUUGUGUUGUCACACGACUGAUAAAUAUCUUGAAAAACAACAUUAAGCAAAGAGGAAACGUUAGACAUUUGAAACAUUUGCAUUUGAACUUUUAUAUGCCCAAUUUUUUCUUGCUUCAUUCAGCAGACAUAUUUUCAGGCUACAUGAUUUUUUAAUUAUAUAUUAACAUUUUAUCAAAUUGGAAGAAAUUGGCAUUUGGUGUGACAUCCAGGGAUACACAAAGACUUUAAACAGUGUCAUGUUACAUACGUUCUCAGAGAAAAACAGAGUUCUCAGGAGAAUAUCAGUACCAGCAUAAAACUCCUCAGAGAAACGUUUCAAGUUUACAAGUGUAGCUGCAUCUUAAUCUUUGCUUUUAAAUCUAAUGUGUGCAGUAUCAAGACCUAUUCUGAAGACAGAUUUGACACAUGGCAGUAUUUUUAAAGCAAUUCACACAAAUGACUACUGAAAGUUGUGUUGCAUGCGUUGUAACUGCAUGCUUCAGGAUUUUGCAUGUUGAGACUGCAGACCUCAGAUGUGGCCCAUCUGAAUGCUCAUCGUAAUCUGUAGCGACUGAGAGAUAAACUAUGACUCUUCAUGAAACAAUUCUGAGAGUUUAAACAUGAAAUGAGCGAGUGCCUUUAUAACACAUCAGGGCAACUGGGCUUCUGUAACUCUUUUUUUUUUAUCUGUAUCUGUAUGGAAACAUGUUCAGGCAUAGUUCUUGAACAAAAGCAUUUGAAGCAUUUUAUUAAUAUUCACAAAAAAGUCUUGCACUGGCAGCUAAACUAAAUGACUUUAUUGGAGAGCGCUUAUAAACAACAAAAGAUUUUCUUCUGCUUAACAUGUUGAGACUUUUUUAAAUGGACAGACUUUUAAAACGAAUGAGCACCACACACUGUGAAUAACUACUGUGACGGUCUGUUUUUAACUGUAAUGACUGAAUAAUAUACUUUAAUUUAAGGGAUCUGUUCCUUUAUACUGUGGGUUUUUUCUAAAAUCAUUAUUUCAUUUUCAGUAUCUUUGCUGUUUAUGUUAUAAGAGAACUGCCAAAGUUUAGUGAAGUAAAUUACCUUUAACAUCAAAACACAAUGAGAAUUUACAGUUUUAGCAACAUGCCUGAUAUCAUCCAGAAGAAAACAGGCUUUUAAAGAUUCAUAACAGUAGGCUAACUGGUUUGAUGUGGACAUAAUUUCUUAUUGCAUGCAGGUCACAGGUUGAUGUAAAGACUCUCGGCAGCUAUGGAUGUUUAUGCGCAAACCUCUUACUAAGAAACACAAUAUAUUUGAAGGAAUGGAUUGAUUUUCAUGUAUGUAUUUAGUACAGUUUGGUUGACUUUACAAUAUAUAUUUCACUCAAUGGCAUUCAUUUUUAACUUAUCACAGUAACGUUUGCAUCAUCAUGGUUUUGUAUGUGUCUCAGUUUAGACUAUGCACUUGUUAAAUUAUUAAAGAUAAAAGUAUGACUGUUUACCACCUCUGAAUUUCCAUUGUGUUAUUUUUUGUUAGGCCAGAAAUAAAGUUGUCUACACAUUUACAGUGAGGAAAAUAAGUAUUUGAACACCCUGCUAUUU